UUUGGCGUGUUUACGCUCUUUGACUCCAGGUUUACAAGAUGAUGAGAUAGCCCAAGACAUGCACUUCGCACGCAACAUCAUCGACUACGAGCAAGAAGAAGAGGACGACGACGAAGAAGAAGAAUCUGAGAUCGACCAUGAAUACGAAGAUGAAGUCUUAUUUCCAGAUCCGAAGGAGAAUGAAGUGUCGGAAAAUGAACAACCAUUGAUAGAAAGCAACGAUCAACAUCAUCAUUAUCGACCUUCGGCACUGUAUGCGGUGGGAAGACCACCAGACUCUCGGUACGAACCGCAAAUCCCUGACCAUAAGAAACCAACCUUUCGUUAUAUUCCCCGACCACUUGCGCCUCUUCCUCCGCCCAGCAUGGCACAUCACGAGCACGAUCCUGUUCCCGCGUCGAAUGGUAUGUCACCACCGCACCCUCAUAUGGCUGCUCCGCGGCCACCUCCAAUACCGUCCUCCCCACCCGACAGAAUGAAUGGUAAAAGCAUCGUUCAACGUAAACCUCCCGUCAAUAUUGCUCCAGCAUGGGCUCGUCCGCCACCGCCUCCUCAGCCAUCUGGUCGUAUUGACUUUGACUUGUCGGGCCCAGAUUCCCCUCCACUAGAGACCCUAGCUUCUCUUGCGGAUGAACAAUACCGACAAUAUUAUUCCAAGCGUUCCUUCAUAGUACAAGAAAGAAUCAAAGAUUACACUGGAUCCAAGAAAAAGAAGAAGAAGAGCCAUCGACAUGGCAAGAAGGCCAAACGUGUGCACGCUGACGGCAAACCUUCAUCCAGCAAGGAUGUUCUAGUCAGCUAGAUUGUUUCCAUAUGGUUUUUUCUUCUUCUUUUUGCUCUGACAUGUUCCAGAGCCCCACCCUGUCUUUUAUCCCACUCCAUCCCAAGUUUUUCCUCUCUUUCACU